UUCUAAAAAUGCUAUCUAUCUUCCUACGUAGGUAGUAGAAAACGACGCAGAGUAACGAACAAACUCAAAAAAUUCAUUUAGUUUCGAAUCAUGCAUCGUACAUACGUUACUCUCAUCCUGAUAAUAAAAACUUUGUCGGCAGUCAAGGGUCAGUACGCCUCCUGCUACACCUGUAUAGGUGAGGGUUUGGACUCGUGUGCUGUCCUUGCUAAUCGACGAGUGGAACGUUGUAGAAACGACGCUGUUGGUUGUGCCAUAGCUGCCGGGACGCUUUCUUCGAAAAAACAAGUCGUUACAGUAGAAAGGACUUGCCUUUACGUCGAUCCUAAGCUGUAUUGCGAUAAGAUCAAGAGGAUGGUGGGAACCCAACACGAACAGGAUUAUUACUGCUGGACCUGCCGAUACGACAAAUGCAACAGCAAGAACUUAACCUCCAUCAUAAACAGACUUCAGCCGGGCCCUGUCACAGUGGAAAAUUAUCCAGAAAAUCCGACGGCUAACCCUUGUAGAAAAUGAAUCUAUUCUACGUGCGAAUAAUACAUAAAAUUUCGCUUGU